AUGAACGUUUUGGAUAGUACAUACUAUAAUACAGUCGCUCACAACAUAUUACAAUUGAAGAGAGACGGGUUUAAUGUAAUUAGCUAUUGCAGAAAAUCUAAAAUCCCAACCAAAUAUUUAGAAGAAGGUCUUUUGCAACGAAUGGUGAGCCUUUUAUUUCAAAGAUCCCUGGUUGAUCGUGUGUUUGUGUCUCCAUAUUCGAGUGCAAAACGACCACUUACAAAAAAAAAUAAGUUGAUACAGCUAGGUAUACUUGACACACUUGGUAUGCACUGA